AUGGUCCUGAAGUGGAAGUUAAUUGAUGAAGAUGUAGAGAUAGUCAACGAAGUCUCCUAUUCUAAAAUCCAAAAGACAACUGUUAGUAAUCCAAGUUCAGAUUCAUCAGAAGUUGUAGUAGUGGCUAAAAGCAAGACUGAUGAGCCGGAAACUGAUCAAUGUCCUGAAACAGAUCCAAACACAGAAAAACAUGAUCACAAGUAUUCAAAAGCACCUCAAACUAUUUCCAAAGAAUGUCAUCCAGCUGACCAAGAUGAGAAGUUGCUUUCGAAAUGUUAUGUUUUAUUGGACAAUUUGGAAACCUUACAAGGAAACUACCAAAAUGAUUGUAGUUCGCUUUGUGGAUUGGUUAACUCAAACUCUCCUGUUGAAGAAUUCCAAAGGUUACUAAACUUGGAAGAUCUUGAAAAAAAAAGAAAAAGGGAUUACAGCUCCUCAGAUAGUGUGGAGUCAAAAAGAAGUAAUCGUGCGAAAAAAGUAUCUAAAAAAUUGAAAAAUUCAACAUCUUCAUCAUCGGACAGUGAUACUUUCUCUGAUUCAUCCGAUAGUAGCAGUAAAAGCUAUAGUGACAGCAGUAAUAACAGUUUUCAGUUAGAAGUCAAUGAACCUGUUAAUGAUUUUCAUGAAGAGAGAUUAAAACAAAAUUUGUUAAGCAGUGAAUGGACCCUUGAGCCCUGA